AUGCUUAUGCUGGGCAUGAUGGGGAUGCUUAUGCUGGGCAUGAUGGCUUCCUCCGUGAGGUCCGGCUAUAUCGAUGACUGCCAGUCCAACCCGUGUCAAAAUGGCGGCACCUGCAUUGAUGAGAUCAACUCCUUUGUGUGCCUGUGUCUGCCCAGCUACGGCGGAGCCACGUGUGAGAAAGACACGGAGGGCUGCGAUCACAACUGGCGUAAGUUCCACGGCCACUGCUACAGGUACUUCACCCAGCGCCACACCUGGGAGGAAGCGGAGAAGGACUGCAGAGAGCACAACGGACACCUGGCCAGCAUCCGCUCCCUGGACGAGCAGAACUUUGUCAAUGGGCUGAGUCAUGACAACACCUGGAUUGGCCUGAAUGACCGCACAGUGGAGCAGGACUUCCAGUGGACCGACAACAUGGACCUGGCCACCCUUGAGUCCCCUUGGCGCCUGACAGAGGGCUCUUUGUCUGCCUCGGCUCGCCGCAUGAAGCGCAUGAGAAAAGAUUUGACCUUCUACACGGGCCGUCGCCGAGGCGACCAGGCAGUCAAAUGUCACCCUGAGACAUCCUACCUCCUUUGCGGAGCCCCUCCGAUAGUAGAGAACGCCUUCCUGAUUGGUCGUAAGCGUACCCUCUAUGACAUCCACUCGGUGGCGCGUUACCAGUGUGCCGACGGCUUCAUGCAGCGCCACAUGCCCACCGUCAAGUGCCGAGCCAACGGGAAGUGGGACAGGCCCAAAAUCAUCUGCUCGAACUCUCGGAGGUCCCACCGUAACCGCCGCCACCGCCACCACAAGUCGCACCACGACCACGAGCACAGGAAGCACCGGAAGCACGGCGGAGGAGGACACAAGGGCCGGGAGCAGAAACACGCCCACAGCCACGCCCACACCCACACCCAUGACCACUCCUAA